AUGAGCUUACUGAAAUACAUUGCGCCGCUUCCGCUUAUAUCCUCUAUCAGCGAAGCAAGUAUGCGAAGCACAGGAAAAUUCCCCAAAUAUGCGCUGGGCGUGGGGAUUCUUCUGGGGGCAGGCCUGCUCGCAAGAACAAGGCCAGGAAAGCGUGUUUUCGCAGAGCUGAAAACCAUUGCGUUUAGCGACCGGAAGGGAAGCCCACUCCCUCCCCAGGAAACAGCUCUUCCCACGGUGUUUAUAGACAUAGACGACAUUUUGGUGCAUAAAGUGUGGUCAUUCCGCAUGCUUGGAUACGAGUAUGAAGUGCGGCCGAAUGCAGGCGCCUUUCUUUUUCAACUGUCAAACGAGUACGAAGUUGUGGGCGUGACUUCCAUGCCGAGCGAGCUUUCCGCGGAGGUUCUUUCGGUUCUAGACCCGUUCGGGUGCAUAAAGUACAGGAUGCACGUUCCAGACACAGACCAGCUAGACAUAGGCCUGACACAGCGAGACGUGCGAAGCGUAGUCCGCAUACGGAGCAGGGCUUCUCUCGCGGACGAGGUUUUGUCGUUUGGGAAGUGGGACGGCCAGAGCGAGUCUGGGGACUUGAUGGGGCUUUUGGACUUUCUGCUGAACUUGAAGCAGCUGGAAACAGGCGACUUCCGGGAGGUUCUGAAAACGUACAAGGCCAAAGACUUUGCAAAAGCGUAUGGAGAGGUGCAGAAAACCCUGCAUCCUGCAAAAAGAAGCCUGUUUCUCUUUAAGAACCCAAACGGUGCGAAAGACACGAUCGACGCACUGAACAGAACCCGGCUGCAGGAGUAUGAGCUGGCAAAGGCCUACAUAGAGAACAAAAUGAAAAUAGAGAAAGUGGCAAAAAAGUGA